UUUUUUAUUUGGCUAAGAGUCGGCCAUAUGUCGUCACCUGAUUGGCUAUCCCCGAGAUCAUCCCUACCCAUUCAGCUCACUUUACAAACACUUCCCACUAUACACACUGCACUUCAUAAAAACUCAAACAAGUUUGCAAUUAUCUCUUAAAUUUCUUCAUCUAGAGAGAGAGAGAGAAAUUAAGGCGGGAGGCAAAAAAACACAGAGAGAGAGAAGAAACAAAUGGGGGCGGAAACCUGGAGCCUAACCGCGAAGCUCUGCGACUCGUGCAAGGCGGCGCCCGCGGCCGUCUUCUGCCGCGCUGACUCGGCGUUCCUGUGCGGCGCGUGCGACGGCAAGAUCCACGCCGCCAACAAGCUGGCGUCGCGCCACGGCCGCGUCUGGAUCUGCGAGGUGUGCGAGCAGGCCCCGGCCUCCUUCACCUGCAAGGCCGACGCCGCCUCCCUCUGCGCCGCCUGCGACCGCGACAUCCACUCCGCCAACCCCCUCGCCCGCCGCCACGAGCGCGUCCCCGUGGUCCCCUUCUACGACUCGGCCGCCAAGUCGUCGCCCUCCGCCGAGUGCUCCGAGGAGGAGGCGGAGGCCGCCUCCUGGCUCCUACCCGACCCGAACAGCAAGGUGGAGGAGGAGGAAUCCGGGUCGCCCGAGUACAUGUCGGCCGAGUACCUGUUCAACGAUAUGGAUCCGUAUCUGGAUCUGGAUCUCAAAUCGGGCGACCAGAAGCCGCACCACAUCGUCGACGAUGACCACAAGCAUUACUCCUCCGACGGAGUCGUGCCGGUGCAGAGCAAGACCGAAUACGGGUCGGGUCACUACGUACCGGGUCCCGUCGUCGACGGGUUCCCCACUUACGAAAUGGAGUACCCGGGCCCCAAACCCUUCAUGUACAACUUCACCUCGCAAUCCAUUAGCCAAAGCGUGUCGUCGUCGUCGCUGGAGGUGGGGGUGGUGCCGGAUCACAACGGCGCGGCGGAUGCGACGGAGAGCCUGGGGAAGAGCGAGAGCGUGGCGGUGGCGCUCUUCGGCAUGGACAGAGAAGCGAGGGUGCUGCGGUACAGAGAGAAGAGGAAGAACAGAAGGUUCGAGAAGACGAUUCGAUACGCUUCGAGGAAGGCGUACGCGGAGACGAGACCGAGGAUCAAGGGGAGAUUCGCCAAGGUCUCUGAGCUCGAGGUCGACUCGCUCCUCGCCGCCGACGCUUCCUCGUACGGCGUCGUUCCGACCUUCUAGUGAGAGAUCCGGUGAUUUUUAAUCGAAUUUUCGGAGCCGGAUUGUGUGCUCUAUAACAUCUGAUGAUGACGAUGACGACGAUGAUGAAUACAUCGAUCGUGUGUAAAUAUUGUAAGUUUAUGUAUGGUUACUUGUCCUCGAUUUUGUACUGACGUUUUCCACUUCUCCUUUUUGUGAUAUAAUCCAGUUUUGUUUCUCUACAAA